UAAACAAAAAAGAAGAAAGGAAAAAUAGAGAGGAAUAUCAAUUGGGUUGAAAGAGUAAUUUGUAAAUCCAAUCAUCAAUUAUUAGGAAGAGAUAAACAAAAGUGUUGAGCUGAGUGGAGUGGAGUGGAGUUGCUUGGAGCGGAAUUGGGAGGGGGAUAUGGCGAAUUUGUACGUUCGGGCGGCGCCGACGACGGAUCUAAACCGGAACACGGAAUGGUUUACCUACCCCGGCGUCUGGAGCACCUACAUCCUUAUACUAUUCUUCUCUUGGCUGAUGGUCCUCUCCAUCUUCGCCUGUUCUCCCGGCAUGGCGUGGACCGUCGUUCAUCUCUCUCAUUUCUUCGUAACAUAUCAAUUUUUUCACUGGAAGAAGGGGACUCCAUUUGCCGAAGAUCAGGGUAUCUACAAUAGGUUGACUUGGUGGGAGCAAAUAGACAGUGGCAAACAACUUACUCGUAAUAGGAAGUUCUUGACAGUUGUUCCUAUAGUUUUGUACUUGAUAGCCUCCCAUACUACUGACUAUCAACAUCCGAUGCUCUUCUUCAACACUCUAGCUGUUUUUGUUCUGGUUGUUGCCAAGUUCCCACAUAUGCAUAAAGUCCGCAUCUUUGGAAUAAAUGCAGAUCAAUGAACUUGUGUCCAUUAAGGAUCUGUGUUAAGGUUCUGCUUACACUCCUACAUCUAUUCGAUUCAGGCUUAGAGAUUGCUGAAGUUGUGCAGAUUGGGAAGUGGGAACUGAGAAGGAUAUCAGUUGAGUAGCUAUUGGUAAACCCUUCAGAAGCUGGAUAUUCUCCAUAUGGAACUCUUUUAUUAAGUACUGAAGUUUGCAUUUCGCCUUACAUUUUUAUUUACAUUUAUAUCAUAGAGGCAGAUGCUUGAGUACCAUGUUUUGUGGAGACAAAAAGGAUCACUAGUGCGUUGUUCAGUUGAUUGAUGUUUCCAUUAAUUUUUUGGUUGGUAUUUAGUCUUAGGGGACAAUUGUUUAGCAAUUGUGCCUCUGGAGACUUUGGUUUCCACUUAAGUUUUCUGGGGUCCUACUUGUUCCAUACAACAAUGUUAAUUUUGAAUUGGGCUCUGUAAUACAUAUAUUAUUGAGUAGGGAAAGGCAAUACAUUGCACAUAAUUAUGUGCUUGUUUUGGUGAA